AUGGCCAAUUUAAAGUGUUUAGCAAUUCUUGGUCUCCUCGUCGCAACUUUAGCUGCGAGUGAAGGUCGGGUUGCAAGAAAAGACUUGGGCUUGGACCUUGGAGGGUUAGGGGUUGGGUUGGGUGCUGGAGUUGGUAUUGGGCUGGGUGGUGGUGGAUCAGGCUCUGGUGCUGGAGCGGGUUCGGGUUCUGGGUCUGGGUCUAGUUCAAGUUCCAGCUCUUCUUCUUCUUCUUCAAGUUCUAGCUCCGGGUCGGGUGGUGGUUCCGGUGCUGGGUCUGAAGCUGGUUCGUACGCUGGCUCUAGGGCUGGGUCAGGCUCAAGAAACGGUCGUGAUGACUGA